AUGUCUGUCGUAACGCUACUCGGGGCAAAUGUUAUGAACAACCCUGCCAAGUUCACAGACAAAUACGAGUUCGAGAUCACCUUCGAAUGCUUGGAGCAGCUGGAAAAGGAUCUUGAAUGGAAACUCACAUAUGUCGGUUCUGCCACAUCCGACCAGUAUGACCAGGAGCUUGACAGCCUACUGGUUGGGCCGAUUCCCGUCGGUGUCAACAAGUUCAUCUUUGAAGCGGCCGCACCCGACACGACCAAAAUCCCCGACACGGAUGUAUUGGGCGUUACAGUCAUCCUACUGACCUGCUCGUACGAUGAACGCGAGUUUGUUCGCGUUGGCUACUAUGUAAACAAUGAGUAUGAUUCUGAGGAACUCAACGCCGACCCGCCGGCCAAGCCUAUCAUCGAUCGCAUCCGCCGCAACAUCCUUGCCGAUAAGCCUCGCGUGACAAGGUUUGCCAUCAAGUGGGAUUCUGAACUGACGGCACCUGCCGAAUUCCCCCCUGACCAACCUGAGGCUGAUCUCGUAGCCGACGAGGAGGAGUACGGUGCUGAGGAGCUUGCCGAAGAGGAGGAGGAAGAGGCUGCUGCCACUGGCGCUGCCGCCAAUGGCGAGGGCUCCGCCGCAACCGCCGGCCAGGAUUCGGAAAUGGCUGUUGACGGGGCUGAAGGUGCCGAGAACGGCGCUAAUGACGACGAGCUUUCAGACGACGGCAGUGUCGACAUCGAGGGUGAGAGUGAAGACGAGCUCGAAGAAGAGCUUCAGGAGGGUGAAGGUGAUACCGGUGAUGCUAUGGACAUGGAUGUCGACAUGGACAAGCCAUCGCAGGCUUCGGGCGCUCAGAAACCUGCCGAGAUUAUGUCUCACUAA